CAGGAAUAUCGUUUCUUCUCACUCUGAGCUCAGCGCAGUGUGACUGUCCACUCUGUCCUUUCUGUCCUUUCUGUCCUUUCUGUCCAUCAGGUUCCAGGCUCAGCUCUCAGCAUGAGGCUGUCGGUGCAAACCUUCCUCUGCUGCUGCGUCUUCGCCACCGUGCUGCUGAGAGGAUCGUCGGAGGAGCCCGGCGGCUUGAGAAGAAGGUUGAGAGGACGUCUGCAGAGCCACAUGAAGAGAGACGCUCUCCGCGGACUGGAGACCACCAGGGACCAGAGCUCAGACCAGAACGAGGGACGGCAGGAAGAGUCCCUCUCAGACCCAACCAGCGCCGUUCCCCACAUGAGGCCCAAGCGCUCGACGCCGCCCAAAGCCAGCGGCUGCAUCUUCAUCACGUGCGUCUACCACGACCUGGUCCACCGGCUGCACGACCUCAGCAACAAGCAGGACAAGGACAAAGUCCCCGAGAAGAAGCUGGGCUGCAACGGCUACGGCCGGCGCCGCCGCUCCGCCCGGACGCAGCUGUGACGCAGAGACGGCGGCGGGUUCA